CAAAGUCUCGCGACUGCCAGGAUAAAGCGGAAGCGAGACGGCGUCCCAGGACUUUUUUCUUUGCAUACGAAGAGCGAAAAGAAUUCGCCUAGAUCCCGUGACCCGCGAUUUAACGGCGAGCUAGGGCUGUUCAGGAUGGCGCCGUCAUCGAGCCAGAAGGGGACAGGGAAAAAGGCCGGUUCCAGCGCAAUUCGUCAACAGCAGCAACAACAGCAGCAGCGGAGCCGCAACACCACCCCUGGCCCCGCGCCCCCCGCCGCCAGUCUGCCGCCUUUCGAGACGGUCGAGACAGAGACCAUCGAGUUGCGCUUUGAUGUCUUUCGCAAUCUGACCUUUGAGGACUUGGUAGACCCUGCGGCUUCCAGCGCGCCGAUCCCGGACUCCAGAAGCCUGGACGGUAUCCUCAGCCGGCUGCAACGGUUAGCAGAUGUAAUAGAGAAGAGGGGGGCUUAUUGCGACCGCGGCAUGAGACUUCUUGCCCAAAGCCGGAGGCAGAGGAUGGACGAAUUGGCGCUGGAGCGGGGCAGAGAGGAGGAGCGAAGACAACGCGAGGCCGACGACGAGGAGCGCGCAAGGAAAUCGAACAAGAAGAAGCGAAAGGGAACCGAAUCUCUAGCGCCACAUGGCAAAAACACGGAGCGCUCGUCCCCUUUUCGCGAAUCGACCACUGGGAAGGCUAGGAAACUUUCUCGCGACAACGAUACGGCAAGCUCAUCACUCUCACCGGUUGCGCCGCGGACGCCUAGUAAUAUGGACGCGGAAGACAAGACCAAGGUGGAAGCCAACGAUGAUGACGAUGACUCGAGCUCCGACGAUGGCCGCCCGCCACCCCCUGUGCGGCCGCAAGCGAACACGUUUGGCGACGACCCGUCCACGUUUCCAGAUCCGACUAUCUAUGAGAUUCGACCUGUACAACCGGGGAUGACCGAAGAAGAAAUAAAGGAGAUCUACUCUGUCGCCAGCUACCCGAAGAGUGAUCUGUCGCAUCUCAUAGCCGGCGAUCCCCCGGAUAAGGACUUUAGUAAUGCCAAGCCGAGCAACCAGAUCAAUUUCAGCACAUUCAGCACCUACAUUGAACCAUAUUUCCGUCCCUUCACCGAGGAAGAUCUCGCCUUUCUUAGAGAGCGUGGCGACCGUGUAACGCCAUUUAUCAUGCCUAAACGGGGCAAGAAACAUUAUACAGAGAUAUGGGCCGAGGAGGACGGUGCCAUGGCUGUUGACUCGUCACCUCCGGGCGGCCGGGACAGACUGCCGCCCAACCAGCCGCGCGGCAGCAUCGACAAUAUGGACGAUGAAGUCGCCGAGACAGACAAACUCUCAGUCGGGCCGCUCCUCUCGCGACUCCUCCAGGCUAUGCGUCCCGAACAUCGUGCCCCACCAGCGGAGGACAGACCGGGGGGUAUCAACGGCGUUAACGGCGACGGGGACAGCAUGAACGGCAUCGCAGCCUUUGAUUUCAGCUUCAGCGACAAUCCGUCCACCAGUCAGCCUAACGGUACUAACGGUGUCAACGGCAAUUCCCAGCCCUCCAAUCCCGACCAACCGCAACCACCAUCCAAGGAAUCUCUCCCUCCCGCAACUUUCAUGCCCGAGUCGAAUACCGAGGCUUGGAAAAAGGCUACCCACCCAAAGCUAGACUACUCCCAGGUCGACGAGCGCAUAAAACAAGAGUUACGCCACAUCGGCUUCCUCCCCUUGCCCACUCAAGACGGCUCCGGCUCUGGCGCGAACGCCUCCUCCGCCCCUGGGCAAGCCGACCCCACGGCCACGACGGCGGAAUACGACGGGCACUACGACGACGAAGUAGCCGCCCGUCUCCGCCUUCUCCAAGCCCGCCUGCGCGAGCAGGUGCUCGUCAACGGCGCGCGCAAGGCCCGCCUGACCGAACUCGUCAAGGAGCGCAUGGCCUUCCAGGAGUACCAGACCAUCCUGGAGGAUCUCGACUCGCAGGUGCAGGCCGCCUACCUCAAGCGGACGCGGACGAUGGGCAAGAAGCCGAAGAAGGCGCGCCCCGGCCAAUCCGCUGCGUCCGCGCCGGGCGGGGCGGGCGUGGCGGUGGCGGGCAUGGCGAAGCCAGGGAUAGGAGACCUGACUCGCACGCUGAUGGAGAGGCGGAGGCGGUGGAUCGAGAGCAUCGGCACGGUGUUUGAUGACGAGGGCCUGGUCAAAGUGCCGCGUGCGAGCGACGAGGGGAGUUCCAUCUUCAAGCCGGCCGAGAUGGCUGAGUUGCUCAAGAAGGAGAGGGAGGCUUGGGACGAGGAGGUUGAGGAGGAAUAAUAUCCCAGUUUUCAUUUUCCACGAGGAUUCCUUUUCCGCAUUGCUGUCUUGUGGGUUCUCGUUGGUUUCGGUUGCAUAUAUUGGGAGAGACGGCCAUGCUGCCUAAGUACGGAGUAUCGGAUGGGGGUUCCCCUUGGCGUCUGAUGGCAUAGGGCGCUCUUGCUCAGGGAGGAUGGACAUAGUGCUAGCAUGGGCUUGGGAUGGCGAAAAUCAUUGACGUUUGAGCGUCACACCGCGGAUACCUAGGUAUGUAUAGCUAGCUGGCUCUGAGGA